AUGGUAUUGCAGCAUAUCGUCAUUUUGAAUAGGGACUGUGUCUACUUUGGUAAGCCUGGAAUUUUACGAUCUUUGCACUAUAACUUGAACCUGGUAGAUCUAGCCGGUUCUGAACGCGUUGCAAAAACAGCAGCUCAGUUCGACUUAAGGCCAAGGGUCAUUGUUAUCAAUAAGCUCAGCGAGGGUCCAGGAAAGUCUUUAGCUUUCAUCUUUUGGUCAUAUACCAUACCGGGACAACUGACGCGCAUUCUUCAAUCCGUUUUAAACGGUAACGCAGAAACGGCUAUUAUUUACACCAUUACACCGCAUGAGUACACCGGAGGUGUCAUUCCUUUGCAUUCUCGUGACUUACAACAAACAACGACCAAGGACAAACCAAAUGUUGCCAAUAAAGAUGCAUGGACGCGCCUAAACCAAGAACUCGAUGACGUCUGGGCAACUUUAAACACAGAAGACCAAGCAGCUCCGUCUACGUCAGAGUACACACCCUGUGUAAAAUCCGACGGACCGAGCUUGUUUGAAUCAGACUUCUUACUUUGA